AGCAUCGGCCAGCCAAUCAGCAGCCUGGCUGCCUGCUUUGUCAUCGAGCUCUGAUUGAGGAAGGAUUCGCUCUCUUGCUCUGUGUUUGGAAGGCAGAUAGGAUGCCUGGUCAGUACAGCCUCCAGGGAUAAAGCUGCUGCCCUGUGAUGUGAAUGAACAGCAGCAGCUCGCUCAGGAGGAAGCACGGCACAUCUCUCCGCGCAGGCCCAGGGACACCGCACCAGGCCUUUUCCUUGCUGAUUUCUGCUGAAGGGGGGGUCAUUGCAGUCCAGCUUUUUUCGUUGCUCAUCACCCUUGUUUUUUUGUGCUGUUUGGAAUAUUGGCCCUCCAUGUACGACAACUUGUACCUGCAUGGAUUUGAAGACUCGGAGGCGGGCUCAGCUGAUUCCUACACUAGCAGACCAUCAGACUCAGAUGUCUCUCUGGAGGAGGAGCGUGAGGGUGGACGGCAGGAGCGUGAGCAGCAGGCUGCCCUGCAGUUGGAGAGGGCCAAGGCCAAAGCAGUGGCCUUUGCUGUGAAGACCAAUGUUUCUUACUGUGGUGCCCUGGAUGAGGAAGUCCCUGUAGCAGGAACCGCCAUCUCAUUCGAUGCUAAGGACUUCCUCCAUAUCAAAGAGAAGUACAACAAUGACUGGUGGAUCGGCCGACUGGUGAAGGAGGGCUGUGAGAUCGGCUUCAUCCCCAGCCCUCUCAAACUGGAGAACAUCCGCAUCCAGCAAGAGCAAAAGCGGGGGCGCUUCCACGGUAAGUCCAGUGGGAAUUCCUCCUCCAGUCUAGGAGAGAUGGUUUCAGGUACUUUCAGACCCACCCCUCCCUCUGCAGGAAAGCAGAAACAGAAGGUGACUGAGCACGUUCCUCCCUACGACGUGGUGCCCUCCAUGAGGCCCGUGGUUCUGGUCGGACCCUCCCUGAAGGGAUAUGAGGUGACAGACAUGAUGCAGAAAGCACUCUUUGACUUCCUGAAGCACAGGUUUGAUGGCAGGAUAUCCAUUACAAGAGUCACAGCAGACAUUUCACUUGCGAAGAGAUCUGUCCUGAACAACCCUAGCAAGAGGGCCAUCAUCGAAAGGUCCAACACCAGGUCCAGUCUAGCGGAGGUCCAGAGUGAGAUUGAGAGAAUUUUUGAGCUUGCAAGAUCCUUGCAGUUAGUAGUGUUGGAUGCUGACACCAUUAACCACCCAGCACAGCUACUGAAGACCUCCCUGGCCCCAAUUAUUGUGCAUGUCAAAGUCUCCUCUCCCAAGGUCCUCCAGCGGCUCAUUAAGUCCCGGGGGAAGUCGCAGAGUAAACAUCUGAACGUGCAGCUGGUGGCGGCGGACAAGCUGGCCCAGUGCCCCCCGGAGAUGUUCGACAUAAUUCUCGAUGAGAACCAGCUGGAGGAUGCCUGUGAACAUCUGGCUGAAUACCUAGAAGCCUAUUGGCGUGCCACCCACACUUCAAGUAGUACCCCUUUGAACCCCUUACUGGGCCGAAACCUGGGCUCCACGGCACUUUCCCCGUACCCCAGCGCCAUCUCUGGGCUGCAGGGCCAGAGACUGAGACAUGCCAACCAUACGGGCGACCACUCGCCCAUCGAACGGCGCAGCCUGGUGACCGCCGAUGAGAACUACCACAAUGAGCGCGCACGCAAGAGCCGCAACCGCCUGUCCUCCGGCUCACAGCACAGCCGGGACCACUACCCCCUGGUGGAAGAGGAGUACCACGACCCGUACCAGGACACAUACAAGCCACACCGCAACCGCAGCUCCCCCGGGGGCUACAGCCACGACUCCAGGCACAGGCUCUGAGCGGGCCCUCUGGACCGCCCCGGGCCUCCCGCCUCGCCAACCCAGUACCACGGAGCCGAGAUGGCCCCCGUCCAGUCGUGUCAGUCUAUCCGUACACGUGAUGCAGCCUUUCCCUCUGGCACUGGUUCCUGUCCACACAGCAAACAAAUCUGCAAGCCCAAUCUGGACGCGUCUGUAUUGACACAGUGACACCAAACCGAUCGAAAGCAAAGGGAAGGCGGCUUAGAUGGCGGCGAGAGAGAAGGCGAGGCUGCGCUCACCUCGCUGCGGCUUCAGGCGUCAUGAGAGAUUUGGUGCCCGCUAGGCGCGUCCAAGCGGCACGGGGCUCCCCUGCGUCCGCAGAGCCGGCCGCCGCCGUGUCCCGCCGCACCACGAACCAGUGCCAGCAUGCGAAAAGCGCACACAAAACACAGCGGGCACCCGACCUUUUGCACGUUUACGGGGUCGGUGGGGACGGAGCAUGACACAUUGGUGAUGUCCUUCAUUGAAUUGGUCGGCCUCGCUGGCUGGCGCGUCCCGAGACCCAGAGGUUUGGGUUUCCCAGUGUAAUAUCAAUGGUUGUGACCCUUCUAUCGCCCUUAGUUUCCAUAUUCUCUGCCCAGUGACACCUAGUGCUAAUGGGGAUGCGCGCAGGUUUUGAGAGAGCCCUUUUUCCUACCUUUCCUCACCACGGGGCAGCUUUUUCCAAGCGGGAUACCCAGCGACAUACAGGUUUUGCCGACUGGCCCACGCUCCAUCUCCAUGUUCCCACUGAGGACAGGGCAGACCCUUCCUCUGCAUCGCAUCACACAGACGUCAGGAUUCAUAAGAUGCUCAUAGAGGGGAUAAAUACAAGGUAGCUCAUUGUAACGGAGGUUAGGCAUCACUUCAUAUGCCUUUCUGAGCUCGAUGUGCUCAGAACCUGCCUAGGGGACAUCUGCUGGUCUUUCCCAUGGAGUGAGUUAAAGUCAGACUGAUACUCUCGCUGGCCUGUAAUUUAUAACUGCUACCUGUUGGUGUUGUGUGCUGUUUGCAUCAUACUAUGUUCACUAUAUGCCUGGCAUUUCCCCAACAUACAGAACAUGACAUUACCGUUAUUAAAAAGUAAAAGGGUUAGAGGUGGACACACUGUCAGAGGAAACAGUUUCUCCCCCAAGGUAGAAGGUCAAUCAGAAUGUACCUUUUCUGCAGCAGUGUCACUUUGUACCUGUUUAUACAAUGUUGUUUUACAUGGCGCUGCUCUCUCAAGCCUAGCACAGCAUUCUGGCCCCAGAUCCAACCUUUUUCAGUGAAACGUCACAAUGCUACCAUGAUCAAAGAGUAACACAGGAGUAAUAUGAUGUUUGCCUGCUCGUCCUGUCUAUGUGAAGCAUCUUCUCGGUGGUAAUGAACAGGUUUUUGAAUACCUUUAUUUGACAGAUAGCACUCAUCACUGUAUCAAACGUGGAAGGUGCUUAAAACACUUUUCAUCGGUUUUGGAUCUGCUUUUGCUGUUGAAUAUACAGAGAUUUACAGCAUCUCACAGCUUUCCAUCAUCUUUUGUAAGUUCAAAAACAUAACGGGAAACAAAAAGUUUACUUUCUAAGAUGGAGGAGUUGGUACUUAGCACCAUUUUGCCUGGGUUGCAUUUUUGUUGUAAUAUUCCCAAACUUUGUUUGUACUUUGCUUUUUUGUGACUAUAUUUCGAAGCCUCGUUGAAGUCUUCCAUGUCCUGCUUGUAACUUAGUAAAAAUUUGUCAAAAGCUGUUGUAGCUACAGGAAUCUUCUUCUCAGUUUAAGUGUCAUUAUCUUCUGGUUAAAUUACGACCAAUAUUAUUAGUGCUUAUGGAAAAAGUGGGGCACAUUUUUCACCCUAGAUCUAGUGGGCCAUGUCUCACUUACAUUUUAUUGAUUACCAUACAUUUACCUAGAUUAGACUGGUUUGCUUUUUUUGAUUAACCCCUUUUAUAGUAAUACUUGCUAGUUAAUUUGUUGUUCAGAAUCUGGCUAUGCAGUGUGCUGCAUCAAACUCCCAAUCCAUCUAUCCACAAAUGCUUGAUGGCAGGAUACUGUGUGUUCUGUAUACUGCACCCUGGAGCAUAUGACAAACCUGCUUAUUCAGAAACACAGCUGACAUCUCCAGACUCAUAUUAAAGGCUGCCUUUACUUUCUUCAAACGAUGAAUAAACAUUUCCCCCUUAGGAGUAAUGAGGACUCCAUCAAUAAACACCACUACAGGGCACUGCCUUAAUUUACUCAUGUACCUGAGAACACAGGUGGCGAUACUGCAUAGUCAUCAGCCUUCUUUUGUUUCCCUUUUUCAAAUCAUUGCGCAGAGCUAAAUCGGAAGUGUAUGAAUGUUGGUCACGAAGCUGCGUUUGCAUUCUAAAUAAAAAUGGGGGGCCUGAUCUCUGCAGGGCAUCUACCACAGUCAUUGAGAUUAGGGGGCUUUUCUGAAGGGAACAUCAGUGGUUACUCACCUCAAAUUUACACCCUUGAGCUUUGUAGUACUCUGAAAUGCCGAACUCUUACGUCACCCUUGACGAACCAGAUGGACUGUAUGGGGCGGGGGGGGGUGCAAGACACAAGGCCAUGUGAAAGCAUGGCUCACAGGCUCGAACUGUCCUGCUGUCAAUACAACGAUAACGCUAUGAAAGUUCUGACACAGGCAUUGCACUUAGGGGUGAGUAGUGUGGCCAAAGAGAAGCCCCACAGCCAAAGUACGGAAAAUGACCUUUAGUCAGUUUGUGACUUACUAUUGGGCGUCACAAUGGAAUGUUUGAUCUGUGCCAGACUGUUAACAUAGACUGCUAUGGGGUCCUUUCUGUGGAGCACAUCCAGAAAACGCUAGGUCUCUGUGCAGAACAUCCAAAACACGUUAAAUCGACUCCAAGUACUUUAUUAAUAUUUUCCCUGUUGCACAUUCUUCUUGUUUACCUACAAGAUGAGGCAAAUCUGUCGUUAUGUUCCCCUAUUUGAUUUACUUACUCAGUGGUUAAGGUUCACCCGUCACAUUAUGGUUUUCUUUAAGUUAAGCAGGUAUAUUUUAGAAUCGCAUGCAUGUAGAGCACAUUCUGACAUAGGGCUUGAACAUUUAUGAUAGCACAAAUGUG